AUGGAUUCAUAUAAGAAACCCACAAGCUCGCGGUUACCGCCCCCAUCUCUAUUUCAGGGUCCACCUUCUCAUAAUGCCUCUAAUAUCUCUCUAUCUGUGUCUCCCCAAUAUACUCUCGCAAGUCAAACCGGCAGCCAACCUCCGCCUCUCCAUAGAGAUCGGUCGCAUCGCAAUAACGACGGUGACGGCUCGGAGAAUAAGAGCUUGCUUUCUCCAUUCAUUUCGAGGCGUGUCUCCAAGCACGACGUGGACGGCUCCGAAGCUAUUUGGCAAGAAAUGCAGAGUGCCUUGUCCGAAGUCGAACUAAGUGCUGUGACGAGCGAAAAUGUCUUUGGCGAGAAACACGCAGAAGCACUAGAAGACUUACGCAUGAAACAAUUGAAACUCGCACAGGCUUGGGCGCGCAGUGAGGCUGAUGAUGAGGUUGUCGAUUCAAGCCCCAAUACUGCUGACAGAGACAAAAGCUCUACAGAUCCACCCAGCACUGAUGCAGCAGCAACUGAACAGGCACCACCUCGUGACCGUGUGUCUUAUCGCUCUUUGGAUGAAGAGACCGAGAAAGAUAUUAUACUUGCACGUCAACGUCGCGAGGCAAAUGAUCGUUACUUUGACCGCGUCAACCAGGGUGUGCUAGAUGUUAUCGCCAAGCUUGAGGAUGUCUCGCAGGCCAUGCGAACUGUGGAACAGGAGAGCAAGGAUAUUUGGAGUGAUACGGAGAGCAUGGGAACGGUUGGACCGUCAUCCAUCAAUUCAGAUUGA